GCCUCACUGCGGCCGUACGUGACGUCGUUUCCUCUCUCCAACAUGGCGCAGGAGGAGGCAGGUCGUUUAAUGGCAAUCUGAGGGAUUUUACCUCACACCUUCUGUGUUUAUUUAUGUUUGUCUGUUAGGGGGCUCUGCAGACUGACAUCUACUAAAGGACUACAUCUCUAUACUCGAGGCUGGCUGCACCCUCCUCUCCUCUCUCUCUCUUUCUCUCUCUUGGGACCAGGCAACAACACCUCGCCCCAAAAAUAUUCCCGGUUGCGACAUGUUUGAGGGCAAAAAGACGAAAAAUAUGUUCCUAACACGAGCUUUGGAGAAGAUCCUGGCCGACAAGGAGGUGAAAAAGGCUCACCACUCACAACUGCGCAAAGCCUGCGAGGUGGCACUUGAGGAAAUCAAAGAGGAAUCAGAAAAAUUAAGUCCACCCAGUGGAGACGGCAAAUCGGGUUCCAGCACUUUACCGCCAAUCAAAUCAAAGACCAACUUCAUUGAAGCUGACAAGUACUUCUUGCCGUUUGAGCUGGCAUGUCAGUCCAAAUGUCCCCGCAUUGUCAUCACCUCGCUCGACUGUUUACAGAAGCUGAUAGCGUACGGCCACCUGACGGGCAGCGCCCCGGACAACACAGCCCCGGGCAAGAAGCUCAUCGACCGGAUCAUCGAGACCAUCUGCGCUUGUUUCCAAGGGCCGCAGACUGAUGAGGGCGUGCAACUACAGAUUAUUAAGGCGCUGUUGACGGCGGUGACCUCCCAGCACAUAGAAAUCCACGAGGGCACAGUGCUGCAGGCCGUCCGCACCUGUUACAACAUCUACCUGGCCAGCAAGAACCUCAUCAACCAGACCACGGCCAAGGCCACGCUCACGCAGAUGCUCAACGUCAUCUUCGCGCGAAUGGAGAACCAAGCACUUACAAAUCACAAGCUAUCUUGGUCUCUGGCCUCCAGAAAGCGUGACCGCCAGCUGCAGGAAGCGAAGCAGCUGGAGCGAGAGCGGCACCGGCAGCACUCCCCGGUCACCCAGCACACAGAGCCAGACUCCCCCCAGCUCCAGGCUCACGUCCACCCGCCGGCCAAGGGUCUCUCCCAGGAGCCCAACGGGCCCGUCACCCCUCCAACCCCCAGCAUCACCAACCCAUCCACCCCGUCCACCCCCUCGACACCAGCCCCGGAGGGCAGCAGCAGCAGCAGCAGCAGCAGGUCUGUGUCCGGGGAGGAGCAGAGGGAGCAAGAGGAGCAGGGGCCCGUCUACGAGAGCCCAGAUCCAGAGAACGGCUCAGAGUUCUGUGUGGCUGAAAAUGAACAGACUGAGGCAGAUCAAGCCACCGCAGCAGCACAGAAUGCAGCAGCCCAGCAGCAUCCAGAGGCAGGUGAGGAGAAGGACGAGGAGACACCAAACUAUGAGGAAAAAGCUCAUGAAAUCGUCCAGAGUAUCCUGCAGGAGGUGGUCAAUACUGUUGCAGGAGAACAUCAUGUCAAACUCCAGCGUAAGAUCUGCCACUGCUUGGACCCCACAAACCUUUGCUCUGACACCAAGGAUCCCGGCGGCGAGGGCGAGCCGGCGGAGUUGGAGCCGGCGGAGUCGGAGCCGGCGGAGUCGGAGCCGGCUGAAGCGGUGACGGAGGGCACCCAGAGCUCUCUGGAGGACGAGGGCACGCUGGGUAGCGACAGCGAGCACGUCCACGCCAACGGCAUCCCCGGCACGCCUAUCUCUGCCAGCUUCACCCCCUCGCUGCCUGAUGACAGACUGUCUCUCUCGUCCAAUGACACGCAGGAGUCGGGAGCGGCGCCGGGCCAGCCGCCAGGUGCAAAGUUCUCCCACAUCCUCCAGAAAGACGCCUUUCUUGUCUUUCGCUCACUCUGCAAGCUGUCAAUGAAACCGCUGUCAGAUGGACCACCUGAUCCCAAAUCCCACGAGCUACGAUCGAAGGUCCUGUCCCUCCAGCUGCUCCUGUCCAUCCUGCAGAACGCCGGGCCUAUCUUCAAGACCAACGAGAUGUUCAUCAACGCCAUCAAGCAGUACCUGUGCGUGGCCCUGUCCAAGAACGGCGUCUCCUCGGUGCCCGAGGUCUUCGAACUCUCGCUCUCCAUCUUCCUCACUCUGCUCUCCCACUUCAAAACGCACCUCAAGAUGCAAAUCGAGGUGUUCUUCAAGGAGAUUUUCCUGUACAUUCUUGAGACGUCCACAAGCUCCUACGACCACAAGUGGAUGGUCAUACAAACCCUCACUAGAAUAUGCGCAGAUGCCCAGAGUGUGGUGGACAUCUACGUCAACUAUGAUUGUGACUUGAAUGCUGCUAACAUAUUUGAGCGGUUGGUCAAUGACCUCUCGAAAAUUGCACAGGGUCGUGGAGGCCAUGAGCUCGGCACAACGCCCCUACAGGAGCUGACCCUGAGAAAGAAAGGCCUUGAAUGUCUAGUGUCCAUCCUGAAAUGUAUGGUAGAAUGGAGUAAAGACCAGUACGUCAACCCCAACUCCCAGACCAGCCUUGGCCAAGAGAAACCAUCAGAGCAGGAGAGCACGGAGACAAAGGCCCCGGAGACCAUAAACCGCUAUGGGAGCAUUAACUCUCUGGACUCCACCGCCUCGUCUGGCAUCGGCAGCUACAGCACCCAGAUGUCAGGCACCGACAACCCCGAGCAGUUUGAGGUCCUCAAACAGCAAAAGGAGAUCAUCGAGCAAGGCAUUGACCUGUUCAACAAGAAACCAAAGAGAGGAAUCCAGUACCUUCAAGAGCAAGGCAUGCUGGGUACAACCCCAGAGGAUCUUGCUCAGUUUUUGCACCAGGAAGAGAGGCUUGAUUCGACUCAAGUGGGAGAAUUCCUCGGGGAUAAUGACCGCUUCAAUAAAGAGGUGAUGUACGCCUACGUGGAUCAAAUGGACUUCCAGGGCAAAGACUUUGUUUCUGCACUAAGGACGUUCCUGGAGGGCUUUCGGCUCCCCGGAGAAGCCCAGAAGAUUGACCGGCUCAUGGAGAAAUUUGCAGCGAGAUAUCUUGAAUGCAAUCAGGGGCAAACCCUCUUUGCCAGCGCUGACACCGCAUACGUCCUGGCCUACUCGAUCAUUAUGUUGACAACAGACCUUCACAGUCCACAGGUGAAGAAUAAAAUGACGAAAGAGCAAUACAUCAAGAUGAACCGCGGCAUCAACGACAGCAAAGACCUGCCUGAGGAAUACCUCUCGGCCAUCUACGACGAGAUUGCGGGGAAAAAGAUUGCCAUGAAGGAGACGAAAGAGCUCACCAUGAAAUCCAACAAGCAGAGUGUGGCCAGCGAGAAGCAGAGGCGUCUGCUGUACAACGUGGAGAUGGAGCAGAUGGCCAAGACGGCCAAAGCUCUGAUGGAGGCCGUCAGCCACGUCCAGGCUCCCUUCACCAGCGCCACACAUCUGGAGCACGUCAGGCCCAUGUUCAAGCUGGCAUGGACUCCCUUCCUGGCAGCGUUCAGCGUGGGUCUCCAGGAUUGCGAUGACACCGAGGUGGCCUCGCUGUGUCUGGAGGGCAUCCGCUGUGCCAUCAGGAUAGCAUGCAUCUUCUGCAUACAGUUGGAGAGAGAUGCGUAUGUGCAGGCCCUGGCGAGGUUCACCCUGCUGACCGCCAGCUCUGGCAUCUCAGAAAUGAAGCAGAAGAACAUUGACACCAUCAAGACCCUCAUCACUGUGGCCCACACGGACGGCAACUACCUGGGCAACUCCUGGCACGAGAUCAUGAAGUGCAUCAGUCAGCUGGAGCUGGCUCAGCUGAUCGGUACCGGUGUGAAGGCACGCUACAUCUCAGGGACGGUACGGAGCAAAGAAGGCUUCAUUACGAGUACGAGGGAGCAGAACAACGACGAGUACCUGGGUCUAGUUGGAGGGACGGUGGACCGUAAGCAGAUCGCCAGCAUUCAGGAGUCCAUCGGAGAGACCAGCUCUCAGAGUGUGGUGGUGGCUGUGGACAGGAUAUUCACCGGCUCUACCAGACUGGAUGGUAACGCAAUAGUUGAUUUCGUGCGCUGGCUGUGUGCUGUGUCCAUGGAUGAGCUGGCCUCGCCCACACACCCACGUAUGUUCAGCCUGCAAAAGAUAGUCGAGAUCUCCUACUACAACAUGGGCCGCAUCCGGCUGCAGUGGUCCAGGAUCUGGGAGGUUAUCGGAGACCACUUCAACAAGGUUGGCUGUAACUCCAAUGAAGACGUGGCCAUUUUCGCGGUGGACUCUCUCAGGCAGCUGUCCAUGAAGUUUUUGGAGAAGGGGGAGCUGGCCAACUUCAGAUUCCAGAAAGACUUCUUGAGGCCUUUUGAGCACAUCAUGAAAAAGAACAGGUCUCCCACCAUCAGAGACAUGGUGGUGCGCUGUAUAGCCCAGAUGGUGAACUCCCAGGCGGCGAACAUCCGCUCAGGCUGGAAGAACAUCUUCUCCGUCUUCCACCUGGCUGCAUCUGACCAGGACGAGAGCAUCGUGGAGCUGGCCUUCCAGACCACCGGCCAUAUCGUCACGAAUGUAUUUGAAAAGCACUUUGCGGCCACCAUCGACUCCUUCCAGGACGCCGUUAAGUGUCUGUCCGAGUUCGCCUGUAAUGCCUCCUUCCCAGACACCAGCAUGGAAGCCAUCCGCCUCAUCCGACACUGCGCCAAAUACGUCUCAGAGAGGCCACAGGUCAAUGCGUUCAAAGACUACACCAGUGAUGACAUGAAUGUAGCGCCUGAGGACCGCGUGUGGGUGCGGGGGUGGUUUCCCAUCCUCUUCGAGCUCUCCUGCAUCAUCAACAGGUGUAAGCUGGAUGUCAGGACCAGGGGGCUGACGGUGAUGUUUGAAGUGAUGAAGACCUACGGGCACACCUUUGAGAAACACUGGUGGCAAGACCUGUUCAGAAUUGUCUUCAGGAUCUUUGACAACAUGAAGCUGCCUGAGCAACAGACCGAGAAAGCAGAGUGGAUGACCACCACCUGCAACCACGCACUUUAUGCCAUCUCUGACGUCUUCACCCAAUACUUUGAGUCCCUCAACGACGUCCUGCUGGACGACAUCCUGGCUCAGCUCUACUGGUGUGUGCAGCAAGAUAAUGAGCAGCUCGCCCGUUCAGGCACCAACUGUCUAGAGAAUGUGGUCAUCCUGAAUGGAGAGAAAUUCUCCCUGGAGACCUGGGACAAGACGUGCAACUGCAUGCUGGAUAUCUUCAAGACCACCAUCCCACACUCGCUGUUAACAUGGAGACCAGCAGGGGCAGAGGGAGAACACUUGACAACACCGAGCCAGUCAGACAAACAGCUGGACUCCAUUUCCCAGAAGUCAGUUGACAUUCAGACCCGCUCUGACGACCAGCAUUCCAUCAGCAGUGCUGAUAGGGUUGCCAUGGAGAGCCGUCGGCAGAGUCAGUACAGCUCAGCCUCGGGCAUGUGUGAGGACGGCUCCAGGAGCAGGACCCCAAUAAAGGUCCAGGAGCAGCGCUUAUUCACGGCUCUGCUGAUAAAGUGUGUCGUGCAGCUGGAGCUGAUCCAGACUAUCGAUAACAUUGUGUUCUUCCCUGCCACCAGUAAGAAGGAAGACGCUGAGAACUUUGCUGCUGCUCAGCGGGAUGCCUCGUAUACAACGGACGUCCCAGUGGAGAUCCAGGACCACGGCAUGUAUCGCUACCUGACCUCGGAACAGCUCUUCAAGAUGCUGGACUGCCUGCUGGAGUCGCACGGCUUCGCCAAGGCGUUCAACUCCAACAACGAGCAGAGGACUUUACUGUGGAAAGCAGGUUUCAAAGGAAAAUCGAAGCCCAACCUGUUGAAGCAGGAGACCAGCAGCCUGGCGUGCGGCCUGCGCAUCCUGUUUCGUAUGUACACAGACGAGAGCCGCCAGGACGCCUGGGAGGAGGUCCAGAGACGACUGCUCAAUGUGUGCAGUGAGGCUGUAGCCUACUUCUUGGCUCUGAACUCAGAGAGCCACAGAGAGGCCUGGACCAACCUGCUGCUGCUCUUCCUCACCAAGGUGCUAAAGAUCAGUGACGAAAGGUUCAAAGCGCAUGCAUCCAGAUACUACCCUCUGCUGUGUGAGAUCAUGCAGUUCGACCUGAUCCCGGAGCUACGGGCUGUUCUAAGAAAGUUUUACCUUCGCAUUGGUCUCGUGUUUCAUAUCGCGCAGCAGCCUGAGCCCGAACCAGAACCUCAGCCGGCACACGUUGAGCAGGAGGCAGGCGCAGAGUUGGUGGAGGAGGCCGCGGAGGAGACCCAGUGAUGCCGGAUAGCAGACAGCCUGGAACACAGAGCUCUACUGGGGCAACCGCCUCAGGUCUGUGCGACUACGUCCGCUGUGGCUCUGCGUCACCUCAGGGCCCUCCACGUGGUUUACGCCUGACUCAAAACAGCUGAUUACCAAUCGGCUAUCUGCUACCACCCACCCGCACCCUUAACCCUGUCACCACACACACACAGACACGCCUAUAACACACAAACAGCCCCAACAGAGUACUUGAUAUUACGGUGAAAACAGUGAUGUCUUGUACAAGGUGUAGCGAUGCCUCCACUGGAUAAAACUACUGAUUAACAACUGACAGUUAUCCAUAUCUCUGAUCUGCUCAGAAGGAAUAUAUUUCAAACAAUGUGUGCUUCUUACUGUAUAUUUAAAAAGUAAAGAAUGAAUGGGUUCAACAACAUGCAAAAAGACAUAUUUAGUAACUAUGAUGUGGCAUUUGUCACACAUUGAUAAUAAUGAUCUUUCUGUCUGCACCGCAGAUGGCUAACAUUAGUAUUGGUAGCCUCUUGGAUGAAACUAGUUGUACAGAUCUGCCGCUAUGUAAUAUAAUCUUAUAACACUAGAUUUCAUUUAUUUUUCUUUAUUAUUUUUUUUCCUCCUCUGGAUUUGCUGCACUUGAUCUCUUUUUUGAAUGCACUGGAGAUUUUACUUUUGUGAUAAUUUAUUUGACUGUACCAUCUCCUGCAGAUUGUCCUAUACAGUACGAUUUGUAACUGAACAUGACUGCGGAAAGUGAAGGGUUAAAUUAUUCCAUUUUAUAUGUUCUUAGGUUUUUAUCGGAGAUAGAUGAUAACUGGGCUUCUGAAACUGGAAGAUUAAGAGAGCAACCUGAUGCUAGCUGCUUUUUGAGUCACUAGUUUGUUUUCACGUUUGAGUUUAGUUUUCACUCUUUGUGUACAAAAUCAAAAGUUAAUAAUAUAUUUAAUGUUUCUUUCUUUGGUUUGGGGGAACGGUAUAUGUAUAGAGAAAAAUGACAAAUGUUAGCUGUGCUUUAAGUAUGAAUGGGAUGCAUUCCUGCUCAUGGAUGUAGAAAACAAAAUGUAUAUGAUACAGCAAUGUAAAGUUUUCUAUGUUGCAAAAAAGAUUAUGUACAACUUUCUGUACGAUACAUCAUCCGGCAUUCUAAUCAGGUUCUAGGUCAAUAAAGUUUUUGAACUUG